UCUGCACUGAACGCCUGAAGGAUUUCCCGCACAGCGCUUACCGGGGUAGAGGUCUGUGUUCAUUAAGAGACAGGAGCACCAUACAUAAAGAUGUAUCUGGUGGGGCUGACAGGAGGGAUAGCCUCGGGGAAGAGCACCGUCUCUGCCAUGCUGAGAGAGCUGGGCUGCCCCAUCAUCGACGCAGACCUCAUCGCCAGGCAAGUGGUGCAGCCUCACUGCCCCGCAUACCGGCUCAUUGUGAAGCACUUCGGCCGGGAUGUCCUGCUGGAGAGCGGGGGCAUCGAUCGGGAGAAGCUGGGGGCCGUCAUCUUCACAAACCCAGAGAAGAGCCGGCUGCUCAGCACCAUCACCCACCCAGAGAUCCAGAGAGCCAUGAUCAAGCAGAUCCUGCAGCUCUUCCUGCUGGGACACCGCUAUGUGAUUCUGGACACGCCGCUGCUGUUUGAAACCAGGAGACUAACUCGCUUCCUCAAGCACACUGUGGUGGUGUACUGUGACCCUGACACCCAGCUCUCCCGGCUGAUGGAGAGGGACAGCCGCUCCCAGGACCAGGCCGUGCUGCGCAUUGCGGCUCAGAUACCGCUGGGAGAGAAGGUGGCGCUAGCCAGUCACGUGAUCGACAACUCGGGCAGCCGGGAGGACACCUACAGGCAGGUCCUGAAACUGCACAACCGGCUGGAGGACUCUCUGGACUUUCUGUUGGUUCGGGCCCUUGCCAUCGCCAUGGCAACAGGAAUUGGAGGGCUCAUCUUUUUGCUAGUGAAGCGAUUGAUAUUUUAGCUUGCCCCCUGCUAGAAAGAAACAGGAACUGUCGCCUGUAGUUCUCUCAGGAUUAGACUUUUGCUGUGCCAUUCUCAGCAUGCAGCAGUGUUUGUGAUAAGUCCUACAAAAUAAGGUGCAAACUACCUGAAAGAGCUUAAGAGGCCUUACAUUUGUUGAACUGUACUAUAAAAAAAAAAAAUGACUUUAAUAAAUGCUUUCAAAAUAAGGCUGUGUGGUCCAGUGGUUAAAGA